AGUAUUCAAUCCUACGGUUGCGAUUAUGGCUGACAGCUAACCUUACGUAUAAAGCCUCCGUUCUCACACCCCAGGUCUCUAGCUCAUUCUCGUCUCACGACUCUGGUUUUUGCUCUGUGUAAACUUUUCUUUCUGGGAUUUGAGUUUUCAACUUUCCAUUUUUGUGCUGGCUCUGUUUCUAUAUCAGCAGGGACUUUUUUUUUCUGGUUGUUUGGUGAAAAAGUGAAGAGACUUGAGCUUUGUGUUUAUGUGCUUAUGGGUUCUUGCCUUAGCUCCAGAGUCAAAGCUGAGAGUCCUCUUCACAAUGGAACAGAUUCAAGAUAUGAUAGCCCAAAUGGGAACGGCGUAAGUGUUUUAAGCAGCAAGGUGUCAUCAGUCUCGCUCUCUAAUAGGACAGAGGGUGAGAUCUUGAAGUCAUCCAAUUUGAAGAGCUUCACCUUUAAUGAGCUAAAAACAGCCACUAGGAACUUCCGGCCAGAUAGUGUGUUAGGAGAAGGUGGAUUUGGUUGUGUCUUCAAGGGCUGGAUCGAUGAGCAUUCAUUUGCAGCUACUAGGCCUGGCACUGGCCUGGUUAUCGCAGUGAAGAGGCUUAAUCAAGAAGGUUUUCAGGGUCACCAUGAAUGGCUGACAGAAAUUAACUACUUGGGGCAGCUGUAUCAUCCUAACCUAGUCAAAUUGAUUGGUUACUGCCUAGAGGACGAGCACCGGCUCUUGGUGUAUGAAUUUAUGCCAAAGGGCAGUUUGGAGAACCAUCUGUUUAGAAGAGCUUCUUACUUUCAACCACUUUCCUGGAAUCUUCGGAUAAAGGUUGCCUUUGGUGCUGCAAAGGGACUAGCUUUUCUGCAUAGCGAUGAGGCAAAAGUGAUAUAUCGGGAUUUCAAAACUUCAUAUCUGCUUGAUUCGAACUACAACGCAAAGCUAUCUGAUUUUGGUUUGGCGAAGGAUGGACCAACGGGUGAUAGAAGUCAUGUCUCUACAAGGGUCAUGGGGACCUAUGGCUACGCAGCUCCUGAAUAUAUGGCCACAGGUCACCUAACUGCAAAAAGCGACGUGUACAGUUACGGGGUUGUUCUACUCGAAAUGUUAUCAGGCAAGCGAGCACUUGACAGAAACAGGCCAAGCAGAGAACAAAAUUUGGUUGAAUGGGCAAAACCUUACCUUACCAGCAAGCGAAAAAUCUUACAGGUCUUGGACUCCCGUAUCGAGGGCCAGUACACACUGCAGCAAGCUCUCAAGGUGGCUAGCAUAGCUAUCCAAUGCCUGUCAAAUGAGCCAAAGCUCAGGCCAAGCAUGGAUCAAGUGGUAAGAGUCUUAGAGCAAAUCCAGGACUCCAUGAAUGCAGACUUGAUGCGAUCCGACCCUGUCCGGAAAACCAACUGCCAGUCAAGAACUGGUGACAAGAAUCACCAGAGAAGUGCUAAUGGAGUCUGCAUUGGAAAAGUUGCAGCUUGUUCUAGGCCCUCGGCUUCCCCACUUCGUACAUAGAACACGAAAUUGAAUUCAUACAUGCAUUUUUUUCCGGUUAUGGAAUUGAAAAAGAAAAAAAAAAAACAAGAAAAGGUACAGAUGAUAUAACGAAUGGUUUGUGUUUUUGAACUAGAGUAUGUAUUAUGAGAGACGAUUAUUGUACAGUUCUGGAUUUCCAUAGUGUUUGAAAAUCA